UAUCUGUGUUCUGUGUGUUUUGUCCUGCAGUUGUAGCCCCGCCCCCUGAGUUUUCUGGGUCAGUUUGUCGUAACAGACACAGACUUUCUUCACUUCUGCAGUCACCUCAGCACCGUGAUCCUAUCUCUUCCUCAGCGUGAUUCAGUUGUAAACCAGCAGAGAUGGCAAAGCUUAUGGAAGAUGAGGUGUUCAUGGCUUUCACCACCUAUGCAGUCAUUGUCGUUUUGAAAAUGUUGCUGAUGGCUCCCCUGACUGCAUUCUACCGCAUUACCAGAGGGGCUUUUGCAAAUGAGGAAGAUGUGGCCAGAAAGCCUGCAGAGGAGAGGAAGAAGCUGCUGAGGAACCAUCCAGAUGUAGAGCUAGUUCGAAGGUGUCACCAGAAUGACAUAGAGAACAUUAUUCCCUUCGUGUUGGUCGGCCUGCUUUACGCUCUGACUGGCCCUGUGCUGUCGGUCGCUCUGCUUCACUUCCGCAUCUUCGCCGGCUCUCGCAUCUGCCACACCAUCGCCUACCUGUUCUCUCUGCCUCAGCCCAGCAGGGGUCUGUCCUGGGUGAUCGGCUUGCUGGUCAACUUCUCCAUGUCUUACAGCGUGCUUAGCACCGUUCUCUACCUUUAGAAACCAAACUGGACCAGUUGACCUCUUCACAUGCCAACAUGAAACCUGUAUCUGUUUUUUACUUUGUUCUGGUUUCAGUCUGAUAAAUAAACAAUCUUUACACUUA